AUGGCGGCCUGGUCGGCUGCACCUUGUAUUGAUAUUGGAUUCUCGGCAUCAGCUAUUCAGUCUUCGUUUUUCCGUCCGGGGCCGUUCAAGGAGGACGUCGAUGUCAUUGGUGCGCAGGCAUUUCGCUCCUUGGAGCCCGAUACCUCGUUGCUGGAAGUCACAUUGUCAAUAAGCGGUAACAGCCACGCUGUCGCCCACGUGAUGCGGGAAGGCAGCACACUCGUCUAUUUUGGCGUAUUGGUUGGACCGCCUAUUGCGCAGAGUGCAUUGGUCGUCAGAUCUCUGAGGAGUAACCCGCAGUGCUCACUGCAGCGGAAUACAGCCUCCGGUCCUGUAUUCCUUCGCUGCGCGAAUUGGGAGUUCCUCAUCCGACAUGCAGCUCAAGAGCAAUCGUUGCAGGUGGCUGAUAAGCGCCGUAUGUGGAAACUGUGGAUCAUGGGAGGCAUGGCAGCCGCGGCCGUAGCUGCGUCGGCUCGGCUCAUUUGGAAGGGAUACACGAAGGACAAUGUUCUCGGUUCAUUAAUAUGGAAUACCGCUUAUGAUGCACUUCCUGAACGAGUCAAACGAGCGUUGCUGGGUGCCCACGCUUGGAGAACGGGGAAAAAAAAAAUAAAGGAGAGGCAGCUAAAAAAACGAGUCGGUAGUGCGCUGUUCCAUCAGGACGAUGACGAUGUCUCGAGGGAAACCAAGGGAUUCGCUGCCGAGGGGCUAAUCACGGUUGGUUCGCUGCGUAGAAAAAGCGUUCUGACCCGCCAGGCGGGUCUUCGUCUCGAAGACAAUACUUCUGCUGGGGUGGUUGCAGAGUUUUCAGAACGAUUUGCUAGUCGCUCACGAUUAGUAGUAUUCGAACAAGUUGACAUCAUUACAAUGUUCCACCGGUGCAGAGCUCAUCACGUCGGCAUUCGCACGAGCAGAAAACUGACUACUCAUGGCUGCUGCCCUCGUGAGUACGCAGAAUGGUCACAGGGCCACAUUUUAGCGUAA